AUGGUAGAUAAUUAAGAAACAUUAAUAAUUUAGUACUUUCAUAUAUAUAGUAACAUAUAAAUUACAAGAAUUAAAUAUUAAAUUAAUGUUCCAAUCUUUACUCUAUCAAUUUAAAUUGAAGACUAAACUGAUCAAUCUUUGUAAAUAAAACAAUAAAAUUAUUAAUUGACAUAAAAUAAGAAUUUAAAUUUUUGAACAAUACUCAAUAAUAAUAUACAUUGUAUUAAAAAUAAUAAUUGAAUCAAUCGACUUAUCUAAUGAGAUUUGUUAAUUCUUUGACAUUUAAUAAUUAGCAAUUUCAAAAUAAGAUAAAUGUCUAGGUAUUCGAAUUGAAUACUACAUUUCAUUAAAUUAUCCUAAAUUUGAUAUCAAUACAACAAGAUAUUAUUGUCCUAUUUCGAGAAUUUAUGAUGUAGGAAUGUUUGAUUUAUUGAUCCAUGCCAUUUAAACAGAAAUAAGAUCUUUUCUACUCAUAUCAAUUUUGAUAGGAUGGGCAUAUUCUUAAUAUUAAUGGACUUUAUACUAAUUACCUUUAUAAUGGAUAUGGUACAAUAGAAGUCCCUAAAAAUAAUAUAAAUUCAAAUUACUAAUAUAUUGGAAUAUUUGCAGAAUCAUCAACAAUUGCAGUUUUUUUUUCAAGUUAUUUUCAAAGAACUAUUAAUGAUUGUUAAUAUUAGGUAUAGCUACCAAUGGUGAUAAUAAACAUAUAGGAUUACUUUAUGUGGUUGACACUCUUGAUGAAUUAGUUCUGAUGGAAGAACUAAUUUGGUAUAUGGAGGAGAAAAAGAUAAAUACUACAUUUUUACUAAAAAUUGAAUAAAAUUCAAAUGGAAAAGUUUUUAGCGGUCCUAAGCGUUAAUUAAAACCUAUAUAUUUGUAAUAGUAUUUACCAUAACCAAAUGAUUAACAUUAAUCCUUGUUUAUGGUAGUAAGUAUUAAUUAUUCAAUUUUAUUUAGGGCUUUUAAAAAAGAAACUAAAUAAUAAUUGGAAUAUAUCAAUCACCAAAAUAUAGCUAUAAUUUGAUUAUAUAUUAUUAAAUAUUAUAUAUAAUAAAAUAUUUUAUUUAAUUAUGAUAUUAUCAAAUUAAAUCUAAUUAAUUAACUGUGAAAAAUAUUUAUAUCCAAAAUAUUUACAAUUCACUUUAUUUAUUAUUUUAUAAUUAAAAGGAUCUAACCAUAAAUUAAGAAUGUCUUAAAACACCAUAUAAAAUGAAAGGGUCAGAUAAUAUUAAAAAGUGCAUUAAAUCUAAAAGGAGUAACUCCAACAUUUAGUCUUUAGAUAAUCUUAUUCCAUUAAAUCUGUAAUACAUACAUCUUAUAUAUAGGCUUCUAAACUCUUAAACAUAAAAUAUGCUACUGCAAAAUCUAUUAUAUCUAAAAUUCGAAAAUUGAAAAUAAAAAAAUACUUAUACCUCAACAAAAAAUUGGGGCAGUGUUAAUUUAAAAAAGUUGAAUUCUCCAAACCAUAAUUAGAAAUUCAAUCUUUAGUGUCAGGAACUUUGAUUAGUUCAUGUUAAUACUAUUUAUAUUGA